AUGGACGGCUUCUACGACCAGCAGGUUCCCUUCAUGGGUCCCGGGAAGUCCUGCGCAGAGGAGGGCCGAGGCCGGCCAGGAUCUGAUAGGAAAAGGAAAUUUUUGGAAACUGACCUGGCCCACGACUCAGAAGAGCUCUUCCAGGAUCUCAGCCAGCUCCAAGAGGCCUGGCUAGCCGAAGCUCAGGUCCCUGAUGAUGAACAAUUUGUCCCAGAUUUCCAGUCUGACAACUUGGUCCUGCAUGCCCCACCUCCAGCAAAGAUCAAGCGGGAGCUGCACAGCCCUUCCUCAGAGCUGUCGUCCUGCAGCCAUGAGCAGGCUCUGUGUGCCGGCUAUGGGGACAAGUGCCUCUACAACUGCUGUGCCUACGAUAGGAAGCCCCCCGCUGGGUUCAAGCCAUUAACGCCGCCUGCCACACCGGUGUCCCCUGCACACCAGGGACCAGCCCUGCCGCCACCAGCCCCAGCUGUGCAGGCAGCUGCCCAUGGGGCGGCCCCAGCCCCACACCCACUGCAAGAGCAGAGGCCGCAGACCUUCGCCAUGCCGCAGCCGCCUCACCCGCCCAUGCACAUGCCAAAGAUGAUGUCUGAAAACCAAUACCCUGCAGAGCACAGGUUUCAGAGGCAGCUGUCUGAGCCCUGCCACCCCUUCCCGCCACAGCCUGGGGUCCCAGGGGACAACCGCCCUGUCUACCACCGGCAGCUGUCAGAGCCCCUGGGCCCCGCUGCCCUCCGCCCCCCUCAGGGAUUCAAGCAGGAGUACCAUGACCCGCUCUACGAGCAUGGUGGCCCUGGCCUGCCCGGUGCCCCGGGCCGCAGCUUCCAACCCCCCAUGGGCAUCAAGCAGGAGCCCCGGGACUACUGCAUUGACUCAGAAGUGCCUAACUGCCAGUCCUCAUACCUGCAGGGGGGUGUCUUCCCCAGCAGCCAUGAUGGAUUUCCUUAUGACAAGGACUCGCGAUUGUAUUUUGAUGACACAUGUGUUGUACCCGAGAGGCUGGAGGGUAAGAAUCCGGGCCUGGAGAAGGGUAAAGUGAAGCAGGAGCCCACCCUGUACCGUGAGGGUCCUCCCUACCAGCGGCGCGGGUCCCUGCAGCUCUGGCAGUUCCUUGUUACCCUCCUGGAUGACCCUGCCAAUGCUCAUUUCAUUGCCUGGACAGGCCGGGGCAUGGAGUUCAAGCUGAUUGAGCCUGAGGAGGUAGCACGACGCUGGGGCAUCCAGAAGAACCGGCCAGCCAUGAACUAUGACAAGCUCAGCCGCUCCCUGCGCUACUACUAUGAGAAGGGCAUCAUGCAGAAGGUGGCCGGUGAGCGGUACGUCUAUAAGUUUGUCUGCGACCCUGAUGCCCUCUUCUCCAUGGCCUACCCCGACAACCAGCGUCCCUUCCUGAAGACGGAGCCCGACUGCCCGGUGCCCGAGGAGGAGACUGUGCCGCUGACGCACUUCGAGGACAGCCCUGCCUACCUUCUGGAGAUGGAUCCCUGCGGCAGCCUGCCCUACACCGAGGGCUUUGCCUACUGA